AUGUCCGCUUCUGCAACUGCCCGGGUAAAAGACCUGAAAGAGGCACUGUCAAAGGAGCUCCCAGUGGAUUCUGGUGAGUCUGUCGAACGUGUGCACGAUGUACUGCAAGCUCUGGAUCGUUGUGAAAUGACGCUCGAAAUUCUGUCCGACACUAUGAUCGGCAAAAUAGUCUCGCAACUGAAGUCGCACCCGACGCUGAAUACUACAGCCAAAGCGCUGGUGAAAAAGUGGAAGCAGGUUGCCAAGCAUACAUCAGAAACGAAUAGCCACUCCAAUACUACCCCCGGUAGACCAGCGCUGUCUUCGAGCAGUCUGUCCGUUAGUCCCUCCGUCAAUAAACCAGAAAAGCAAACAUCUGAGCGUCGAGAUAGCAGGGUAAACUCUCCACCCGCAGCUGCAGAUUUGGAAUGGCAAGGCCUCGCUCCCAUGCGACAGAAUAUUUGCAAAAAGUUUUACGAGCUGCUGCUUUUGGCGAAACCGGCUCUCACCGAGGCGGGUGUCAACACCGACGCCGUAGAUCACUUGAUUGGUCCCCGAGCGGUAGAAAUUGAAGCAUCACUAACAGAAAAGUUUAGAGAUCGUAAAGGAUAUACGGACAAGGCUCGAUCCCUAGCCUUUAACUUGAAAAAGAAUCAAUCGCUUUGUCAAGAAGUCAUUCUUGGGCAGGUUUCUGCAUCGGAGCUCGUCUCCUUUACAUCUGAACAACUCGCGUCGGCCGAAACGCGUCAAGCACGAGCGACCGAAGCCAAAAAACUUAUUGAUUCUAGGCGACUUGAUUGGGAUCAGGCCAACGAAGAUAAGAUCAACGAAAUGUGCGGUAUCAAGGGAGACUUGUUGAACGCGUCGCUCUUUACCUGUGGCCGUUGUAAGUCCGUCAAAACAACAAGUACACAAAAACAAACACGAAGUGCGGAUGAACCCAUGACAGUUUUCGUUCUCUGCUUAAAUUGCGGAAAUCGAUGGAAGUGUUAA